AUGGAGACGUAUUACGGACACGUUCGCACCCCUGCGGACGCCAUCAUUCUCCUUGAGGCCUGUCGCAUCGGUAUACUGCCACGAACGCAGAGACGAUGUUCAGAGAAGGAACGUCAAUCUAUUCGAUCUGGCUCUGUAUUCGUCUGGGAUGAGCGGGAAGCAGGCAUGCGCAGAUGGACGGACGGCAAAUCAUGGAGCGCCUGUCGAGUCUCCGGCAGCUUUCUGAAGUACAGAGAGAUGGAGGGCAGGCGCGGAGGUGGCAAUAUCUCUCAGAGCGCCGUAUCCAGAGCCGGCUUGACAUCUGAGCGCACAAAGGACAGCGAUGAGGGCCGAGGUGACGGGACAGAUGAGAAACCGGAUGGUUACCGAUAUAAGCCUGACGGCUUGGUGAAGCAGUCGUUCAGCAUCACGACUUCCACUGGCCAACACCUCCACCUUAUCAGCUACUACUCUCGCUCCCAUCCUUCUGCCGCCAACUUGCAACAACCCACUAUCGAUCCUGCCUUGCGACAUGUACGACCUCAGAAGGGUCUCUACCCUGAGUCAACAGCCGACGACCAGCAGAACCUCCUAAUGGCGACCCGUGGAACUAUGGUCGGCGCAGCAGCAUGUCCCAUCAUUCCUCCCCCUGUGCCUUCGUAUGCGCGCACAACUCAUGUGCUCUCCUACACGCCGCCCUCGUAUGCUUGGCCUCGAACUUCGCUGACUACGCCACCUACUGUCGCCAUUUCUCCCUACAGUGCUCGUUUCUACCUUCUUCCUGUCUCUUCAGCUGCACGAGGGCUGCCGGGUCCUCCAGGCGCUCCUCCAUAUGAUCACCAGCAACAUAAAAGCCUCCCUCACCCCGCGUUGCAUUCUCAUGCUCAUGCUCUUCCUCCGCCUUCAUAUCGCAUGCCAUAUGAGCGGCCACACCCUGAAUCGGCUCUACCUCCAGGUGGCCGGUCUGCGGCCGCCCCGUCAGGCUACCGAGGUCGUUCACCUCGCUCUGUGCAUGAAAUUCCUCCUCAGCAGAGAAGCCCACGAGAUUGCGGGCCAGUCGCGGCCGAUCCCUGUCUAGACUCGUCACGAGUACUAGCAGCCGCAGAUCCGUCGCCAAAUGGUGUUGUCUACGGCAGCCCACAUCUGCUGAACCAGACUCCUCCCAGUGCGCCACAGCUCCUUGGCCCCAUAGGAACCCUGCCCAAGCCUACUGAAGCCGCUAAUGGUGUCCCACCUCAUCGGCGAAUUGAUGAGUGGACCUCGCUCGCCCCUAUCACUUCCUCGAAUGUUCCUACAGGUCGGCCUCGAAGCCCACCGGGUGACCGUCCUCCUAUUGGGGGCGAGGGACCGCGGGAUAUCCCUAACGAGAAAAUCAGCUUCGACGGAGAAGACAUCCGGGCACUGCGCCAGUUGAACCGGGUAUUUAUUUACAAUUUCGAUCUUGUUUCAUCUCCCUUGAAAAAUCUCUUGUCUUCUGAGAUACCCGCGUAUUGGCCCCAUCUGCACCAAAUUUGA